AUGUGGACUUACCAUACAAAUAGAUGUAUACCUGGACUAUGUCUGUGUCUAGCUGGUUUGCUGUACGUGGUUGGGGUCAUGCCUAUAACUGCAGCACAGAACAACCAACACCAUGAGGUGAUGCAUCAUCGUGUGAAGAGAGGUUGGGUUUGGAACCAGUUUUUUGUGUUAGAGGAAUACACUGGGUCAGAGCCACUAUAUGUCGGCAAGCUUCAUUCCGACAUGGAUAAAGGAGAAGGCUCUGUCAGGUACAUCCUGUCAGGUGACGGAGCUGGUACUGUUUUCACCAUUGAUGAUAACACAGGAGACAUUCAUGCUGUACAGAGGCUAGACCGGGAGGAGAAGACACACUACACACUACGGGCACAAGCCUUAGACAGGUGGACUGGGAGGCCAAUGGAACCAGAGUCGGAAUUCAUCAUCAAGAUCCAGGAUAUCAAUGACAAUGAACCAAAGUUUCUCGAUGGGCCCUAUGUGGCCAGUGUUCCUGAAAUGUCUCCAAUGGGCACAUCAGUAAUACAGCUCACAGCUAGUGAUGCUGAUGACCCAACAUACGGAAACAGUGCUCGAGUGGUGUACAGCAUCCUGCAGGGACAGCCAUACUUUUCGGUGGAAGCAAGGACAGGUAUCAUACGGACAGCGUUGUCAAACAUGGACCGUGAGGUAAAGGAUGGAUACCAAGUGGUUGUACAAGCAAAGGACAUGGGAGGGCAAAUGGGAGGGUUAUCAGGGACAACAACUGUGAACAUCACACUCACAGAUGUCAAUGACAAUCCUCCAAGAUUCCCUCACAGAUUAUAUCAAAUGACAGUUCUGGAGACUGGAAUGGUUGGCUCAGCAGUGGGAAGAAUUCUUGCUGAAGAUGCAGAUGAGGGAAUAAAUGCCGAACUGAGCUACCGGAUCAUUGAUGGAGACAGGAUGAACACGUUUGACAUUGUCACCGAUAACAGCAACCAAGUUGGGAUUAUCAUCCUCAAGGAGCCAUUAGAUUUUGAAACUAAGGACAGCUACACGUUAACUGUGGAGGGAACCAAUACUCACCUGGACCUGCGGUUUUUAAACUUGGGUCCAUUCCGUGAUAUGACCAGGGUGGUGGUAUCAGUUGAAGAUGUGGAUGAACCACCACAGUUUGAGAUCAACUUCUACCAGGUGGAGGUUUAUGAAGAUGUCGCUGUCGGUACCACCAUCCAAACCAUUUCAGCAAAAGAUCCAGAUGCGGCCAACAACUCGAUCCGAUAUUCGAUUGACCGAUCCACCGAUCCCGCAAGAUUCUUCUCCAUUGACAUAGCAUCCGGAGCUUUAAUGAUUGCAAAGCCAUUGGACCGAGAGCAAUUCUCAUGGCAUAACAUCACAGUGCUAGCAAUGGAAAUGAAGAACCCCACACAGAUUGGGAGUGUUUCCGUCAUGGUGAAAGUCCUCGAUAUUAACGACAAUGCACCAGAGUUUGUGAAGGACCAUGAGGCCUAUAUCUGUGAAAAUGCUAAGCCUGGUCAGCUCAUUCAGAUGGUCAGUGCAGUGGACCUGGAUAAUCCUCAAGGAGGUCAUCACUUCUACUACAGCUUAGCUCCAGAAGCAGUGAGCAACCCAAACUUCACUGUGCGUGACAAUCAAGACAAUACUGCCUGGAUUCUGACCAGAAGAGCUGGGUUCAAGCACCAGGAGCAGGGCACCUAUUACCUGCCUAUUCUCAUUGCGGACUCUGAUCUCCCUGUGCAAAGCAGCACCAGCACCCUGACGAUCCGAGUGUGUGGCUGUGAUCCCGAUGGUAAUGUUCGAUCCUGUAGCGUCGAGGCCUACAGUCUUCCCAUCAGCCUGAGCAAAGGGGCACUUAUCGCCAUUCUUGGAUGCAUCUUCAUAAUGCUGGUCUUGGUGUUGUUUGUUCUAACAUUGAGAAGGCACAAGAAGAAUUCCCUGAUUGUCGACGAUGAGGAGAAUGUCCAUGAAAAUAUUGUCCGAUACGACGACGAAGGUGGUGGUGAAGAGGACACCGAGGCCUUCGACAUUGCUGCCUUGUGGAAUCCCAGAGAAGUCCAGAUGUCGAAAUCCAGGAGGGAUAUGCUUCCCGAAAUCCAGAGUGUCUCCAGAUACGUGUCACAGUCCAGAGUGGGAGGCAGCAAUGUGAACAGCUACAUCCUGGCAAAGUUAGACGAUGCCAACACGGAUCCAAGUGCCCCUCCUUUCGAUUCUUUGCAGACUUACGCGUUUGAAGGGAAUGGCUCAGUGGCAGAAUCGCUGAGCUCCUUCGAGUCAGCCUCAACAGACUCAGACCUCAAUUAUGAUUAUCUCACCGACUGGGGCCCUCGGUUCAAGAAGCUGGCCGAUCUGUACGGAGGCUCGGAGAGUGCUGAAGAUUUCUUGUAGCCAGCAAUGGGGAGCUUCUUGGACAGUGACUAACCAUGUCAAUGUGGAACUCUCUCCAUAUUGGUCUGAAGAGCCCAUUAUCAGGACAAAUCACCUUUAGACCUUUUACCAGCUUUAAUCACACCAUGAAAGACAAUAGCUGUGACUAGAUGGUCACGUGGGAGAAACAGUGAAAUAUUAACUUGAUUUACUUGUGUCUUUAUUCACCUGUCAGGGGACAAGAGCAGAAAAUAAGACAUUAAUGUGGCUCAGUCUCAGUCUCAGAAAGGGGGUUAGAUCCUGCCUGUGUAAUACUAAACACUGCUCAAGCACUGAGCAAUGAUAUCGCACCCCCCACCCCCCCCCCCCGCUCUCAGGCGGAUACAGUCUUCAAUCGGAAUGGGAUUGACCUACAUUUGGAAUUUGCUUUUUCUUUUUUUGGAACGCAUUGUAAAUACGUGCACAAGCGCAGCACUUAUUAAUCAGGCCACUGCUUCAGUCACACAGCGAGCAGGCUCCUUUCCAGUCUGAGAUGUCACCCAGCUGCCCUGUUAUAACCCAGCAGACUGUCGAGCUUCCUCUUUCCUCCCUGGUUUAAUCACUACAUUGUCAAAAAGGCAGCCCUUCUGUAUAUAAAAGAAUCGCACAGACUGACAAUGUGGCAUGUCCAACAAACCAAUAUCCCCUCCCAACCCAGGCUCUAACUGUGUCGGAAUACACAAGCAGUUCACAGCUUUCAGCUGUAACCCCACCCUCCACAGGGCCCCAGGUUUGUUUUGCUCCGAUUCGUUGAGCAUCAGCGACAAUUUAAGGCAGGCUUUUUUUAAAAUUGCCUAUCCCUACUUGCCCUUCAGAGGGUCGCGGUGGGGAGGUGAGCUGCUGCAAUCUGCCCUUAGGGAGGGAAUUCCAUGAUUUUGACCCAGCAACACUGAAGGAAUGGCAAUAUAUUUCCAAGUCAGGAUGGCGAGUGGCUUGGAGAGAAAGUCACAGGCGUGUAAUAUUGCCAUGUAUUUGCUGGCCUUGUCCUCAGUGGUAGAGGUCACAGGUUUGGAAGGUGCUGUGAGAGGUGUCUCGGUGAGUUGCUGCAGUGCAUCUUUGUAGAUCGCACACACUGCUGUGCACCCGAGGGGGACAGAGCGAAUGUGGAAGGUGAUGGAUGUGGUGCCAAUCAAGCAGGCUACCUUGUCCUGGAUAGUGUCAAGCUUCUUGAGCGUUGU